AUGCUUGCGGGAGACUGGGCGCUAUGGCAAAUGGUGGACUCGCUGUAUCCAACUGGAGGUUUCGCACAUUCUCUUGGACUCGAAGCUGCAAUGCAGGAAGGUCUCUUGACUGCAUCAUCGCUGCGUGAAUUUGUCUCAACUUCACUGCAUCAGAGCGCUAACUUUGCGCUGCCGUUCGUCUUCUCUUCGCAUCAGAUAGCGACAUCUGAUUCUGAGUGCGUAGAAUCAGUUCUGAGUCUCAAUCGACGCGCCACCGCUGUCUAUUCGAAUCAUGUCGCACGCAAGGCGUCGUUCGCCCAAGGCUCAGCGCUUGUAAGACUCGCACUAUCAACGUAUGCGUCAACAUGUCCACGUAUUCCGACAUUGUUAGCAAUCCAGAAAGAGGCUAAACUGCGGGACAAAGGAGGCGUCCAUCACGCUGUUAUUUUUGGCGUGGUAUGUGCAUUGCUGGGCAUAGACGUGGGGUCUACACAACGCAUGUAUCUAUUCAUGACUACACGUGACGUGUUAAGUGCUGCCACGAGACUCAACCUCGUGGGCCCUUUAGAAGCUGCAAAGGUGCAAUUUGACAUGACGCCAUUGUUGGAAAAGGUGUUUCUAGCUAAGAUGAACCGAGAGGUGAAAGAUUCCUAUUCGUCAGCACCCGUACUGGAUCUCGUGCAAGCGAUGCAUGAUCAGCUCUAUACGCGUAUCUUUAAUAGUUGA